CGACAAUCACUAACCAACAGUCAAGACCGCCGUUAGAUGUCGAGGAACUUCAGAAGAAGAAGCAGUCGGACAUGAUGCGCUUCUUGAUGCGCGUUCGCGUACCUUCGCCAACUGAAGGUCAUCCACCGCGCCAGCCGUCCUUCCCGUCCCGACAAGGCUCGCCGCCUCGGAUACAAGGCCAAGCAGGGCUACGUUAUCUACCGCAUCCGUGUCCGCCGCGGUGGUCGCAAGAGGCCCGCGCCCAAUGAACAGGCAAGCCCACCAACCAGGGUAUCAACCAGCUCAAGUACCAGCGUUCGCUCAAGUCCACCGCUGAGGAGCGUGUCGGACGCCGCUGCGCCAACUUGCGCGUCCUCAACUCCUACUGGAUCAACCAGGACUCCACCUACAAGUACUACGAAGUCAUCCUCGUCGACCCCCAGCACAAGGCCAUCCGCCGCGAUCCCCGUAUCAACUGGAUCGUCAAGCCCGUCCACAAGCACCGCGAGAGCCGUGGUCUCACCGCCACCGGCAAGAAGAGCCGUGGUCUUGGCCGUGGACACAAGUACAACAACACCACUGCUGGCAGGAGGAAGACCUGGAAGAGGCACAACACCCUCUCCCUCUGGCGCUACCGCUAGAUGCGCUGAGGGCGUGGUGUGCGUGGUGGAGCGUCUGGUCGAAGUCUUUAAGCGAAUGGGCUGGCGUGAAUGGAAAAGGCUAUCCUGGGUUAUGUAGCCGUCUAGCAUAACGGGCACCGGGCUAUACAAAAUCAAUCUUCAUGGUUCAUGAUA